AAUAUGAUGGUUACUAUAUAUAUGAGAACAAGAAGCCCCUCAAAAUCCUAAGUUGUCUUAGAAGCUCAUCAUCAUAUAGCUCUCUCACAUAUACAUACAUCUCUCUCUCUCUCUUUCUCUCUCUCUGGUAACAUUAGACAUGGCAGGAAGAAGCUUGGAGCCUCUGAUACUGGGUAGGGUUAUAGGGGAUGUUGUGGAUGCCUUCACUCCCACAGUGACAAUGGAAGUAACAUACAACACCAACACCAACAAGAGAGUCUGCAAUGGACAUGAGUUUUUCCCCUCUGCUGUCAACUCUAGACCUAGGGUUGCCAUAAAUGGUGCUGAUUUGAGAACUUUCUUCACUUUGGUGAUGACUGACCCUGAUGUUCCUGGCCCUAGUGAUCCUUACCUGAGAGAGCAUCUCCAUUGGCUAGUAACUGAUAUUCCAGGCACCACAGAUGCUACUUUUGGCCGAGAAGUGGUUACCUACGAAAUUCCGAAGCCAAACAUAGGAAUCCAUAGGUUUGUGUUUGUUCUGUUCCGACAAACACGGAGGCUGUCUGUCAGCUCCCCGUCCGCCGCCGCUUCCAGGGAUCACUUCAACACCCGCCUCUUCGCCGCCGAGAACGGCCUCGGGUCGCCGGUGGCCUGCGUCUUCUUCAACGCCCAACGGGAAACCGCCGCAAGACGUCGCUAACCAGCUACCCUACCCCCCUCCACCCCCCCCCCCCCCCCAAAAAAAAAAAAAGAAAGAGAAUCUUUCACAUAUUGCAAGUGUACUGUUUCCAUUAAAAGCUAAUGAAGCUCUUUGAAUGCGAUUGCUGCAUAAUUAGAAUCUUUGGUCUGAGUUUCUGAACUGUGCAAGCUAGGAGGGUUGAUAGAUCAGAUUUAAGUUGCUUUUGUGGGUGGGUAGUCAAGAAGGGAAUGAUGAAGUACACGUGGCGGGAACCCAUUGCUGGAUGGGGGGCUGUUAGGGUUUAUUGUUUAUUUUUGGGGUCUUCAAUUAUGCAUAUAUGGGUGAUUGAGUUGAUAAACAUCAUGCCCAUAACAACCUAGAUUGCCAUGCUACUUUUGAUGAGUUGUCUGUGUUUUUUCUGCAAAAUAAUUGCAGCACAAAUAUUCCUAGCUAUCUAGCUAGUUUGUGUGACAAUAUAUAACUAAAGAAUGAACAACA